UGGUCUCGAGGCUAGAUCUAUAUAGUGAUAUUCAUGGCCAAAACAUCAAUUCUAGGAACUCCCCUGUACAUGUAUAUUUACCAGCUCAAAACAAAAUGGCAGAGAAACCAACCACUUGUCCAGUGUGCAGUGAUGACUCUAAGGGCCUCAUACCUAUUCCAUGCUGUAGGUAUGGUUGCUGUAAGAAAUGCUUGGAAAAGAUAUCUGAGAAUAAUAUAAAUAAUGAAGUAACUUGUCCACAGUGUCAACAAAAACACAAGGUAUACAUACAGGUGCCAACCGGAGGUGUUGAGGACUGGAGGGAUGCCACUGAGCAAAGGAAGCAAUUAGAAACUGUUACUCCACAGAAAAUACCUACGGAAAGCCCUCCCACAUUGAGAAAGUGCUCUGUACACGACAAAUAUGAUAAAGAAUGCUAUUGCAAGACUUGUGACAAGUUGAUCUGUUUCAGAUGCUUUGCAGAAGGGCACAACGGUCAUGAAAAUGGGUUUAUCGAUCAGAACACGAGAAGAGAAGUCCAGGAAAAGAUACACACGCUCAUUAGUGAUACCAAGGCUACAUUCACAAAAGCUCAAGAGCAUUUUGAAUAUAUCAACAGCAUUGAGAUAGCGAAAGGGGAAAGGAAAGAAAAAGAACACUUAGAAUCUCAAAUAAAGGAGCACUUUGAUCCGAGGAUUGCACAACUUCAACGACAACGAGAUGAAACAUUAAAAGAAGCCGAAGAGGAAUGCAACGGAGACCAGAAAAAGAUUUGGAGUAGACAAACAAAGUUUGAAGACGCCAUUAAAAACUACAAGAAAGCUCUAGAUGACUCGGAAGAGAUAGUUGAAUCUGACAAUGACCAGAAAGUUAUACAAGAUGGUCAAGAUAUUAUAAACGCCUUGCAAAAUGUCACAAAGCUAGGACUAGAUCUGAAAGACACAGAAGCAUUAGAAUUGGAAUCUAGGAAAUAUACACCACCAAGUUCUGAAGAUCUGGGUAAAAUAGAGCUAGUUACGACAGAACCAGAACUGAUACUUGACCCUAAACUUAUCCCACAAACGGUAUACCUCAAAGAAGAAGUACGUAUUGAACUGCAAGUGUCCCUGAAAAUUGGAGAGUACGAAUCGAAAAAGAAAGGAGUGUGCAAGCCAUGUGUGAAGAUAACCCACGGUCACAACCAGGUCGAGAUACCAGAUCACACUAUCGAGAGGAAAGAAGACAAAUGGUUGAUUUCUUUCCACCCAGUUGUUGCAGGGCACCACUCAAUCGUUGUGAGUGUAGAAACAGACUUUGCAUGCAAGAAAAUCAGCAAUAGGAUGGACCACUCGAUCAAAGUCAAGGGGAAAAAAUCGAUUCAGCGAGGAGACACGGUGGAGAGAGGGCCAGACUGGUGCCAACAAGACGAGAGGCAAGAAGUAGGAACGGUUCUUAAAGUGGACGAGGGGAAGGUGCAGGUAAAGUGGGUGGACAAGGAGGAGGAGUGGUUUAAGUGGGGGCUCGGCGGCUCGUUUGAAGUGCAGCUGAAACACGUGGACAGCAAAAAAGAAGCAUAAACAAUCCCCUAGUAAUUGUACUGCUACAGUAUAUAGUUGAAAUGUGUGCAUUGUCAAGAGCAAUUAUUACCCAAGUUUGAUGAUAAUAAUAUUAAUGAUUACAUCUAUAUG